GUCGACGCGGCUCGCGUGGAACGUCAGGGUUGCCGAUAACACGCCGGACGCGUCCUAUAUAGUUCGAUUUUGGCAUGGUGCACGUCCCAAAGACGAGAGAACGGAGUUAAAGUACCAUAUAUCGCACGGACUUCUAGAAACAACGUCGGCCAUUUUAUUUUUAGGAGCACUUUAAAUGCAUAGCUUCGGGCGAGUCGUUGCAGUUCGCGCUUUUUUCCGCCCGCCGAAUUAUCUCCUUUAUUCGCGUCUUUAAGAACAAACAGCACUCUCUCUCUCUUUUUCUAUCUCCGCGAUCCGAGAGGUUUAACAUGACCGUCGUUGGGAUUCCACGUGACGGCCCGACGCUGGUCAAGUGGCUGCAGUUUAUGUGAGCGCACGGACUCGAAUCCGGCAAUCCUGGCGGCCAAAAUGAAACUGUGGAAGGUGCUGGCGCGGAACAGUCACGUGUACAGCGGAGCGGUAGCGGGACAAGGCGUGCCUAGCACCCCCAAGCUGCAGAAGGUGCCCGUCAUCGAGCUACAUGAAUUGAAGUCCAUGUCGCCGACGUUUUCGGAGGAUUCGGGAAAACCGCCCAGCCAGGAGACGAGACAGUGCAGGCUGACCACCGUAGUCCAGUUGCGGAAAAGGUCUGGCGAAUCGCUGGGGCUGGUGCUGACUCCAGGCACGUCAGGGGGCGACGCGUGUCCGAGCGUCGCGACGCUGAAACCGGGAUCAGUGGCGUCUGGUUGCGACGAACUCGCCCCUGGCGAUCGUCUGCUCAGCGUUAACGGGAUCGGGGCGACGCGCAUGCGCCCCGAAGACGUGGCAUCGCUGCUCGAUAACAUCGACGGCAACGCCGUAAUGGAGUUGGAGUACUCGUUGCCUAGCUACGCUUCGCAGAAUUCAUUGUGCGUGUCGUCGAAAAUCGCCGACGUCACAGUCGAACGCGUAGACGGCUCCUUGGGGAUUACCCUGAGGGGAGGUUACGUUCCCGACCAUCCGCACCUCAGCAGGCCUCUGAUCGUCACCUAUGUGAGACCCAACGGACCAGCGCACAGGACCGGCCUAAUCCGCGUUGGCGAUCGGCUGCUGAAAGUGGACCGUCACUCGUUGAUCAACAAAACGCUUUUGGAAGCCCAGCAGAUACUGAGAGACUGCGGCGGACCCAGCGCCCACGGUAUCACGCUCACCAACCUCACCAUCGAAUACGACGUCAGCGUGAUGGAGUCUGUGAAAUACGCGAGUGGUCCGCUGCUCGUGGAAAUCGAUAGACAGCUCGAGGAAGAGUUCGGAUUGCUGCUGACCAACUGCAGUCCGCUGCUCGACUCGCACUCGUCCCAAGACGAUAUCCUAGCGGCUGGGUAUUUCGUCGACAGAAUUCUACCGGCCACCACGGCCGAUAGAUGCGGCGCCCUCUCCGUGGGCGACCAGCUGCUCGCCGUAGACGACAUCCAUUUGGACUCGUGGAAUGGCUCGCCGUGUGAAGCGGAGAAGCUGCUUCGAAGGGCCACGAAGCUGCAGGUGCUGCCGUACCACGCGUUGCAGAGGGUGCAUUCGAGGAAUUUUGGCAUCGGGGGCCAAUUUUCGGGCAGCAGCUCCAGCGUGACGGGAUUCAGUACGCUGAACAGCAGGAGGUCCAGGACGAGCAGGAGCAACAGAGCGAACCGACAGAGCACCAUAAACAAGUCGUUCGAGAGCGAUUGUAGUAGCAACUACUGCGGAUGCUCUGGAGGACUCGGCAUAUCUCAUCCGGAAACCUUGACCGUUACCCUGACCGCCGACAGGGGCGUCGGCUACGGGUUGACCAUCUCUGUGGGCGACCACACCGAAACCAGAUCCGCAGACAUUCUCGUCACCAGGAUAGCGCCCGAUUCGCCAGCAUACAGGUGCGGCUGUCUUCAAGUGGGCGAUCGUAUCAUUUCGGUGAAUCACCAGGCGAACUUGACCUUGCAAGAGGUCACGGCCAUCUUGGAAAUGGGCAGCGAUUCUGCCGGCGGCCGACAGAUGUCGCUGACAACCGAGUUCGACGUCGCCGACACCAUAGUGCCCUCUAGCGGCGUGUUCACCGUCAGGUUAGCGAAAAGGGGACCCGGCCUGGGUAUCACCAUAACAGCUUCGAAAACCUUGCCGGACGAACCGUUUACCAUUUCCGAAAUAAGGAGGGGCUCGAUAGCGCACAGGACCGGCACACUUCACGCCGGAGAUCGCAUUUUGGCCAUCGACAACAGACCGCUAGACCAACUCAGUCUGGAAUCGGCCUUUGACAUCCUACAAACCUCGAACAACGAAAUAGUAACGUUAAAAAUCGAAAAAACCGAAACGGAAAAUUCCAAUUUAUUCCUAGAUAGCGUAGUUUACACUGUGGAACUCCACAGGUAUGGCGGCCCGUUGGGCAUCACGAUAUCGAGCAGCGAGGACUCCACGGAUCCGAUCAUUCUUUCUAGACUCACCGAAGGCGGUCUGGCCGAGAAAACCGGCGCGUUACACGUAGGCGACCGGAUAUUGGCCAUCAAUGGCGAAAACUUGGACCACAGACCGUUGUCGGACGCCAUACGGUUGCUGCAGACGUCGGGCGAUCGUGUACAGCUCAAAAUCGCCCGCAAUCUGAAGCCGGAGAACGCGAUUCUGGAAGAGCCACGGUGCAACUAUUCCAGUCCGGGUUUGAUGAGUGUCGACAGCGCGAUACAUUCCUGGGACAGCAACACCGUCGACACACAAACAGAGAACGGGGCGGAGUUAAAGGACGUCGAGAGCGUGCUCAGCGAGCCCCUGUCCUAUCAGGACCCGGUCCACGACCACGACAAGGAUUCGACGCUGACGAAAAACAAAAAGAGACACUCCGAAUUGCAAUACUACUCCGACACGGAGGAGUUGUUUUGUCCGAGCCCGCUCCCGCUGCCGAAAUACAAUUCUGGCAACGCCGUGAACCACUACAACCAGUCAGGGGGCGCCGUGGAACGGAUAUCGGGCUCGUGCAGUGCCGAAAACAUCCUCGACAACGAGAUCUACCACGUGACCCUGUACAAGGACUCCAUUUAUGACGACUACGGGUUCAGCGUGAGCGACGGUCUCUACGUCAAAGGCGUGUACAUAAACCGAAUACGCAAGGGCGGGCCCGCGGAUAUCGUCGGGCUGCUCAGGCCCUACGACAGGAUCGUCCAGGUAAAUGACACGAAAACCGUGGAGUUCGAUUGUUGCCUGACGGUGCCGCUGAUCGCUUCGGCCGGUGACCGACUCGAGCUGAUCGUCGCUAGGAAUCCCUACCUGGCCCAUUCCUCAGAGAAAGAUCUACACGGCGUGUCCAAGAUGGCGCUGUCCGCGACACAGAACACCAUAACGAAGACUUUGUAGGUUAUCCGGUUUGAACGAGAAAAUUCCAGGGGUGUAUCGUAAAAUAUUUAUUUUUUAUUCUUAGUUGAAUAUUGU